AUCCCCCCCUCCUCCUUCCUCCCUUAAAACCUCCUCCCUCUCCUCCGCCUUCCUCCACUCCACCCCACGCCACCCCUCCCCUCGCCGCCGCGGCGCCGGCUCCCGCGUGCCCUCCUCCCAUGGCCAAGCUCCAGCCUUUACCCUCCCCGCUCGCCACGCUCCCCCUCCUGUGCCUCCUCGUGCUCGCCGCGCCGCCGCCCGCGCUCUCCCGCUCCGCUCCAGGAAACGCCGUCGACGGCAGCUCGAUACACAAGCUCCUGAAGGAUCACGGCCUCCCCGGUGGCCUGCUCCCGCGAGGCGUGGAGUCGUACACCAUGGACGAGUCGAACGGGCUGCUGGAGGCGCGGCUGUCGGCGCCGUGCUACGCCAAAUACGACGACGGCGAGCUGGCCUACUUCGACACCGUGGUUCGCGGCAACCUCAGCAUGAGAGCGCUCCGCGGCGUGGAGGGUCUCGCCCAGGAGGAGCUCUUCGUAUGGUUCCCCGUCAAGGGGAUCCUCGUCGACGAUAAGGAGGCCGGGGUCAUUCAGUUCGACAUCGGCUACGCGCACAAGAGGCUCUCCAGGUCGCUCUUCGAGGAGCCGCCGGACUGCAAGCCGUCGGCCGCCGCCGGGAUGGGCGCCGUCGACGCCGCCAGGUGGAAGGACAGGCAAGAUAGACCAUCUGGUUUCUCGGUGCUUGUUUCGACGUCUAUUCGAUGGAAUUCUAUCCCAAGGUCCCAUCCAUUCGCGUGAAGGGUUUUGGUCGAAUUCAUCAAGUCUAACAUCAGAUUUGAUCUUCAUUCUCUCCCCUGAUUCGAUUCUGAAUCGGUGACAAAUCUCAGCCCAAUCGAUGAGAUGCAAUUGCAAGCAUUGGAUUCUGAGAGCUGAUUAGAGCAAAAUUGUGAUCUUGACGCAAAAUUGUUCAUCAUUUGUUUCAAAUAAAUCGUCUUGGAUCAGUGGACGCCAGUUAAAAGUUGAAGUAUGCGGUUCUUUAGUCGAUUCGGUGAGGAGGGGAGCUGGAAAGAUUGAAUUUUUAUGUCGUCUUGGAGUUGGAAGCUUGUGGAGGAGCAAUUCUUGGAGGGGGUGGGGGAUCGAUUAAUGGCUUCAGUUGCAGCUGAUUUUGGGGGCAAUAACUCCGCAGGAAACUUGUUCAUCUGGUGUUUUGCGAAAUCAAAGCCAUGGUUUUGGUAGUGGAAUUCUGAGCCCUUCAGGAGCAUUUAUUAUGAAAAAAAUCUCUUAUUUACCACGACUACUCUACAAACUUGAAAAAAUUCCUUCUUUCUGCGACACAAGUGUUCGGAUAGACUAUGCUUUGUAUGGUGGAUUAGUUCUCAGUAAGAACGCAAUAUUUAGCGUGUUUGACCGGAUCCGGUAUCAUCGGAUUGCUUGCGCCUGUUUCUGCUCUUGGUCAGAUCAGCUGGGUCAUAUAAAACAAACAACUUUGAGUUAGGUGGUUAGCUACAAUUUGAUAAUUGUGAUGAUGUUAGUAGCAAGUUGCUGUAUGCUCCCACAGGUGGCAACAAGUAGUAAGCAUUAGAGCAAAGGUUUUUGCCUGAUGCAGGCUUCUGCCUAUCUAUCAAUCUCCAUUAGGAAUCCAAUUUUUUUCCUUAAACCUUUUUCUGGUUGGUUACAGGCAGGGCUGUUAUCUUUCCAUGUUAGAAUGUGUGUCUCAUUUCAUCACCUGUCCCUCAAUGGCUUGUGGCUCGUGCUGUCUUUUCUCACCUUCUUUCCCUGCUGCUGCCGCCAUUGGAACAUGGAAAGCUGGUGCAGCAAACACAAGCACUGCAAGAACACACAUCUCCAUUGCUUUGAAAGGGUGGAACCAUUGAUGGUGUCAAGAGCUCACUUUGUUUCCCCCAAUGGCUAAACUUUCACAUGAUUGAUGUGAAGUUUGAACAGCACCACAAACCCCCAAAAGAAAAAAAAAAGAA